GCACACAUGGUCAGUCCUCCCACGCUGCAGUCUCAUAAACUCUGUCUGAACCUGCCUCAGAGGAAAAACGCUCUCCCACAUUCAUUCUUGGUUAUAGUAAUAAAGUGUCGACUACACACUGAUGGCGAGUAAAAAGGUGACUCAUCAAGCGACACUGAUGCUGCUAUUAAUAACCUGGAGGGAGAGCAUGCAUUGCAAUGGACUUACAGUGGAUCCUCCUGAAGACCUUGUGAUAUCAGACCCUGGACAUCUUGGACAUCUCGACAUUACAUGGAGCCCCCCGGCCAGUUUGAUCAAUGUGACAGAGUGCCAAAAACAGUAUCAGCUGGAGUACUUCAACACAUACAAGAACACCUGGACUGCUAUCAGGACGUCCAGGAUGACACACAGUGCCCAGUUUGAUCUGAUGAAAGACGUCAGAGUGAGAGUGUACACCUUGCUGAAUGGACCCUGCACCAAUGGCACCAUGAUGAAGAGCAAGAGCUACACUGAACUGAUCCGGAAACCACUCAGCACAGGUGUUGUGGGUACUGCUGUCCAGGAUUUUGUCUGUGUGUACCAUAACAUGAGGUACGUGGAGUGCAGCUGGGGAAGGAGCCCAAAGAUGCCGACCAGCUCACAGCAAAAUCUGUACUUCUGGCACAAAGAGCUGGAACAGGCAGAAGAAUGCCCAAAAUAUUUGUUCUCAAGCGGAACCAGGAGUGGCUGCAACUUCACAGGGAAAUCUCUCCCGGAGUACACCAAUAUAAACUUCUGCGUAAACGGCUCCUCUUCUGAAGGGCCCCUGAAACCGACAUUCAUCUCCCUGCAAAUCCAAAACCAAGUGAAGCCUGACACCACAGAGAAAGUGCAUCUGCAAACAGGUCCAGACAUGCAGCUGGAGCUACACUGGGAUGGUCCUGCUGGGAGGAUUCCUGGACACUGCCUAGAAUGGGUGGUGGAACACAAUCAAGAGGAACCUGAUGGGAAAAUUGCUUCGCAGCAGAUUUCAACCAAACAGACGACCCUAUCUCUGCCCGCCAUCCACGACAAUCAGAGUAACUGCUUCAGGGUUCGGUCCAGAUUGCACAAGUACUGUGCAGAAAAGAGCUUUUGGAGUGAGUGGAGUCGUCCGACAUGCCACCCAGAAAAGCAAGAAGUCGCGUCUGAACCAGAAUGGGACAUGGUACCUGUCUACGUUUAUAUCGCUGUUGCCAUCAUCGCCAUACUGGUGCUGUCGCUAUGUGUGGGGGCAGUGCUUAAAGUGAGGAGAUCGAGACAAGUAAAGAAGCCAGACUCUCUGCUCACCACCCUGUUUGCCAGAAAUUCAGUCCUUACAGUGACAGACGUGUAAAAAGACCAGGAAACCUCUAUCGCUCUCAAACAGCACCUUUGUCAGAUGAUUUUUAUCGUAUAGCAUUCCACCUCUCUCGUUGUUGGAUUGAAAAUCACACAAUGAAGCUCUCAAAGAUGCCUCACAGUCAUCAGAUUACUACUGCCAACACACAGUUACUGAAGAUAUAACACAUUAGGCUGAAGGUUACAGUGGGUUAUUUACCAAAAAUAUAACACACAUUUUUUAUGUACAUUUUUAUACAAAUGCUUGAAUUUACAUGAACUAUUCUGAGUCAUGUUAACUGGAAAUGUUAUGUUCAUGAUUGUUUACUGUUUGCUAUGACACUUGCCAGCUGAUUCAGUCAGCAGUAUAUCCAGUGUUGUGUUCAGGAGCAGUUGCUUAUUCUUUGGGAAUUUGUUUUUGAUGUUUUUACUAUUUGCCAGAUCUCUUGCCAGCUGAGUCACUCAGUACUACUCCACUUCAUGAUGUGGAGAAAUUUUUAUUGAAAUCUGUUUUAUAUUUUCUUGUUAACUUGUUUACUUUUUGCCUAAACUCUUGCCUCUUGGUCCAGACAUCAGAGGUUUUAUUAUUACAUCCAGACCCAUUAUAUAAUGGAUAAUAUGUAUGAAAAGGUUUAGUACUUUACUGCACACCAGGCCAAUGAAGUCUUUGAUCAUCCCAAGAAUUUAUAAUAAUGACUGAGUGGACUUUUUUUUAACUUGAAAGGGUUUAAUACAAAAGAGUGUCAGGUGAUUAUAAUGCCAAGACUCCUUGCCAGUUUUGUCUUGAAGAAUUUAAAUUGUAACUCAACCUGCAAAACGAUCCUAAAUGUUGCCAAAAUGUCUCAGUUACACCAAAUGUACUCCACCUUUCUUCUGAAUUUUGUACAUUUUUAUUGUUUGAAAUUGUAGAGUUGGUCAGAUGUUAUCAUGCUUUUAUGUGCAACGUGCCUCAUAAAAAUGUCUCUUUUUAAAACAUUCAGACAUCCAGAUACCUGACCCUAUCUGUCUGUUCUUGAAUAAAGACUUUGUGAGUAUCAUAAACAGGAA